UGUCGAAUUCGCAUCGUCGUGUCGCUCGUUUCUAGUCGUUAUAUGUAUAAGUGUCUGCGUGAAAAUAAUCAUCGUGUAGAGCAGUCAAACAGAAACUGUCUACUGGCUGGGGCGAGAUAGCUCAUCAGACUCCGUCGCUGUUCCCUGUCUAUUACGUAGUUUUAUCAUCAUUUUCCAAACCCACAGUAAAUAAAUUCACACAACAAAAUGAGCUUCUUCGCAAAAGUCUUCAGUGGGAAGAAAGAGGCACCCACUCCGACGACAGCCGAGGCCAUUCAGAAGCUGAGAGAAACCGAAGAGAUGCUAGUGAAGAAGCAGGACUUCCUCGAGACCAAAAUCGAGCAAGAGAUUCUCACUGCCAAAAAAAACGGCACCAAGAACAAAAGAGCUGCAAUCCAAGCACUCAAACGAAAAAAGCGAUAUGAAAAACAGUUGCAACAAAUUGAUGGAACUUUAUCGACAAUCGAAAUGCAACGAGAGGCUUUGGAAAGUGCUAAUACAAAUACUGCUGUACUUACUACUAUGAAGAAUGCAGCUGAUGCUCUGAAAGCAGCACAUCAGCACAUGGAUGUUGAUCAAGUUCAUGACAUGAUGGAUGACAUAGCUGAACAACAAGAUGUGGCUAAAGAAAUUUCAGAUGCAAUUUCUAAUCCUGUAGCCUUUGGUCAAGAUAUUGAUGAAGAUGAACUUGAAAAAGAGUUGGAAGAACUGGAGCAAGAAGAGCUUGACAAAGAACUAUUGGGAAUACAGACAACUGAUGAGCUACCAUCAGUGCCAGCAGCUAAUUUGCCUGCUGAGCCUGUUAAAAAAUCAAAACAAAAACAAGAAGAAGAUGAAGAUUUGAAGGAACUGGAACAAUGGGCAGCGUAAGAUUUGAAUGAGUGUUUGAAUGUUUGUUAAAUCCAAAAUAAAAAAUGUACAUUUUUGAAAAACUUGCAAACCAGAAUAAAUAACAGAUAAUGUUGUCAAAAGAUUCUUGUGUAUAUCAGGGAGACAAUAUGUUAUUAGCUGAAAUGAUCAAAUGAUCUUUUCUUUUAUAAAUAUUAUAUCACAUAUUUGAUUUAUAGAAUAUUUGUAAAAUAAUGCUUUUUCGAAUAAUUAGUAAUCUGCUUUCAGUAUUGAAAAUACCAUGCAAAAAUCUUUAAAUUUAUAGUUUCUUUUUUAAAAAGGAACAAGUGUGAUAAGAUUAGUUAUAAUUGAUAUCUUUAACUUUUCUGAGCCACCAACCACUGAUAGUGCACACAAUUGAAUACAAUGAGACAAAUAAUUAAAAUUAUUUUUAUUCAGAAACAAUGUAAUACAAACUUGUUUUAUUGACUUUCAAAAAAGCUGCAAGCGUUCACAGUUAUUUUAACAAACAUUAACUUUACCAUUAUUUUCUAGAGUAGAUCUGCUGUUAUUAAAACAUGAGGAUCGCUUUCAAGUUAAGUUUUACUCUUAUGUAUAUAGCUAAUUUUUAAAAUAAUUAACUAAAUACCUUUUCACAUAAAAAUUGCUGAAUUUAAAAUGAUUACAUUUGCUAAAAAUAAAUUGUUAAGAAACAAGACUUUGACUAACAAUUGUUAAUUUUCAUCAAUUAAAAGCAAUAUCAUUUAGAAAAUGUAGAUAUAUAACUAUAGCUUUGUAUACUUUUAUGACAUUAAAAUAACUUUUUAAACAA